AUGCCUGACUUGUUGGCGGCAGGUUUGCCGUUGCCAGUGGAAGCGCAGAGUGCACGGCAGCAAGCUGAUGGUGCAGGUAGUGACAGUGGUUGGAACCAGAAUGAUCCAUUUUCACGGACGGACAAGUGGAUUGGAAAUCCACCUCAGCCAUCCUUUGAGAAGUGGCGUGAUCGUGAAAGUGAAGUGCUCAAUUGGGCGCAGCAUGUGGCGGAUUUGUCAGCAUGGGCGUCCCAAGCAUCUUUGCAGUUUGGGACUGAGAUUCUGCAAGCGUCUAGGAGUGCCACGUUGAUCCAUGCUUUCAUGGAAGGAGUGGACAUUCAGGAGGAUUGGCAUUCUGGCUGGGUUGAGACCAGUCAAGAUGGCUACGGCACAGGCGAGGUGGCAUACUUUGCAGGUUGCCCUUGGGUUCGACUCCACCCUGUAGAAACUCUAGAUCGCAACACUGAUGAGGUUGAGGAUGUUCAUGUGUCGAGAGGAGCGCUGGCCGAUUCACCGCAGGCCGAGCAUGAGGCAUUUGCCUUCUCCCAUUUUGUGCAUCGCGUUCUCUUCGGCUUGGGAGAGAUUGAGGAGAAGGAACAGGUGGACAUUGUAUUGGAAUCAGAUUCCAGCUCAGCGUUGCAGUUGAUUGGUGCUGUUGAUCUUCCACGUCGUUCCCGGCACAUUGAUAUCAAGUUGACAUGGUUGAAGGAACGUGUUAGUUCCAAUGAGGUGCAACUUCGACAUCGAGCGGGAACGCAGAAUGUGGCAGAUCUUUUCACCAAGCAGGAUACUCAGGUAG